AGAAGAAGAAGAAGAACUGACAGACAAAAUGGCUGAGGGACGAAGCUAGCUGCUCGGCUAAUGUAAACAUCCACCUACAUUAGACUGGAGCUGGAGCGACGAUAACGUUACGCGAUAGCUUCGUCACACUGCGAAUGAGAGUUGUUUUAACUUCUAAGGAUGAUGAGCCAGCGGCGUGGGAUCCAUCUGGACCAAUCAGAGCUGCUUUGCACAAAAGGAUGUGGUUUUUAUGGCAACACUGGCUGGCAGGGCCUUUGCUCAAAGUGCUGGCGAGAGGAGAAUCAACGAGAAAAGCAAAAACAGAUUAAAGAAGACUGGGCACUUGCUGAAAGGCUGCAAAAAGAGGAAGAGGAAGCAUACACAAGCAGAAAUCAAAAGGCCCAAUCACAGCCUACCAUCACACCCUUUGGCAAGUUUGUGGAAAGAAAAACUAAGGAAAAGUCCAGCAAAGUCAACACAGUUACAAAGUUUUUUACUCCCUCCUCAAAAACACCACCAAAAAAAAGAUUCUCCUUUUGAUGCUCACUCCAGCCCAAGCCCCAGCUCCUCCACAAGCCGGCACUCCUCUGUGGACAGUGACCAUGCAACGAGAGAGUUCAUUGAUUUCCUCAAGCCUCUGAAGUCUGGCAGGGAGAUCUUCAAACAGUGCCGGGCCUUCACUGAGAGCAUGGUCUAUAAGCGGGACAUGGCAGCUGAUGAGCUGUCAGAGUGUGUGCAGGAUUUCUACCAGAAUCUCUCAGACCGCCUCCACACCCAAUUCAAAGGUUCAUCAGAUCAUGUAGAGAGUGUUAUGGAUGAAGUAGAGAAGUACAUGAUGACUCGUCUUUACAAAGAAGUCUUCUGUCCUGAGACUACAGACGAUGAGAAGAAAGACCUUGCCAUUCAGAAGAGAAUCAGAGCCUUGCAUUGGGUCACCAUUGAGAUGCUGUGUGUUCCUGUAGAAGAGGAAAUCGCUGAGGUGUCAGACAGUGUAGUCAAAGCCAUCACAGAUGUGAUUGAAAUGGAUUCAAAGCGCGUUCCCAAGGAGAAACUGUCGUGCAUCACUCGCUGCAGCAAGCACAUCUUCAACGCCAUCAAAAUCAGCAAGAAAGAGGCUGCGUCUGCGGAUGACUUCCUCCCCACACUCAUCUACAUUGUGCUGAAAGCAAACCCUCCAAGACUGCAGUCCAACAUCCAGUACAUCACCCGCUUCAGCAACCCCAGCAGACUGAUGACGGGAGAGGAUGGUUACUACUUCACUAAUCUGGUGAGGAAAUGAGGACAGUCUUGUAAUUAUG